AUGGCGGAUCAAUCAACAAUGUACCGGUGGGAUGGCAGUUACAAUUUCAAGCGGCGCGAAGAUUGGGACUACAAGCACUCUUACACGCUGAUGGCCGGCAUGUUGGGCCAGGAAGAAGUCAAAGAAACACAGCGGCGGAAGAAAAAGAUGGGCACCGUGGAUGAGCAAGCGCCUCCAUUACCGCAGGACACAGCCUUGGUAGAGACCAUCGAGAAGACCGCGAAGCACAUACACAGGUCGAACGAUCCAGCAGUUUUCGAGCACCUUAUCCAGGACAAAAACAAAGGCAAACCUGGAUGGAGUUUUCUGCAAGAAGGUGGCGAAGGCUUUGAGUAUUACAAGUUCUGUCGCCAUUGCUGCGAAAGAGAGGUGGAUCCGCGACCGCUCGCUCUGCAUGCGAGGAAGGUAAAGGAGGACCGGGAGAUCAAGCAGGCAAACGCAAAGGCAAACGUCUUCACCGGAUACCAAGGCGCCGACAUACCCAAGAAGACUGAGAGCGAUGCCAAAUUCAAGACGGGCGAGUUGAUGGAGGUGGUAGGUGUCAAGAGCAAGCCUGAUUACAACGGCAAAAUUGUCCGCGUAUUGAAGUUCCACCCGGAGGCAGACAGAUAUGAAGUACAGUUUGAGGGUGGACGAUAUGAUUCAGUCGUUGUUAAGCUCAAGGAAGAGAACUUGAUGUACUCAGCGAUGCAGGAGAAGGAGGUCCAGGAAACGAAGGACAUGCCAGAGGGUGAGAUCCCAAACGGCACAAAGGUUGAAGUGCGUGGCCUUCAAAGUGAGACGGCCAAGUGGAUGAAUGGAUUGAAGGCCAUCGUGGUAUGCUGGGAUAAGGACACAGAAAGAUAUGAGGUGCGGCUUAGUCUCAACAAUGACAUCAAGAAGGUGAAGCCGCCAAACCUUCGACUGGAAGUGCCGGAUGGCUGGCAGGAGCAUUGGGAUGAACAUCUUGGUCGGCACUACUAUGUGAAUCAGACUACGCAGAAAGUGACGUGGAAGCACCCCACGGUCACAAACCAACGCGCAAAGUUUGGACAGGUCAAAGAAAAGCUGGACCCCGACCUGGAGGACAUAGAAAUUGACCACGAGCGCAAGCAUUACGAGGUGGAUGAGCAGGAGGAGAUGGAAGGCCAGUUCAACUUGCAGGCCUUAGUCAAGAAGGUGGAGGAACAGGAGGAAAGACGUGAAAAGGCCGAGGAAACGGGGCAAGAUGUCGACAGCGAUGAUGGCCUGCACGACAUCGCGAAACCAAAGAAGAAAAAAGCCAAAAAGGAAAAGGUCACUGCUGAAUCCAUCAUGGAGAAGGCUUUGCUGCUGAUUGAGCACACGUUUGUGGGCAGGGAGUCCAUCAAGAAGGACUACUCCCGCCUCGACGGCAACUUUUGUGCAAGAGACUUGGACCCCAUCAUCAAAAAGUGGGAGGCCUUGGAGCGUGUCUCCGAGGCUCCGGACUCUUUGUGCAAAGAGACAUUUGAGGUGAUGCUUGCGCUGAUUCAGAGAGGAGCAGAGCUUCUGAAAGAGUUGUCACAAAAUCGGCUACAGCUCUCUGAGCUGAAUAAGGUCAUGAGUCGAGUCACUACGCUUGAGAAAAGAGAAGAUUUGCUGGAAGAUGCAAAGUGGGUGCACUCCUUCAUGAAGACUUUGUGA